UGCACCUCCCGCCGCUUUGACGCGGCAGGAUUGCAAAAAAUAUGUUGAAAGAACAGUUAGCGCAUAAAUAUUUCGCCCAAGAACAAUACUUAAAGGCUUUGGAAGUCUAUUCGAGUAUUUUAGAGAGCGAGAGCCUCUAUUCCGAUGAAGAAACACAAGCACGACUGAUGUUCAAUAAGGCGGUGUGUUAUCAGAAGUUGGGAAACCCAGGAGCUACCAUAAAAGCUGCAGAGGAAGUGUUGGCCCUAAACUUGGCAAGUGAGGUGACUUCAAAGGCAAGGGCAAAGGUCAUCCUCGCCUACUUGCAGAUUGGCCACACUGCUGUUGCAGAAAGGAUCCUACACUCAUGGCUGCAUAAUUCCCCCCAGGAUCCCCAUGCUUUGCGCACCCUGAAGGAUGUUCGCAGCACGGUCGAUACAGACACAGUAGUGAUGGAGCUACCACAAAAGGAAGUGGCCCCCAGCACAGCAGGGGAACCUGUGCCCUUACUUCACUGUGACAUCUGCAAGGAGACUUUUCAGGAUGAAGAGCAACUUCGUGCGCACUGCAGCAGCCGCGAGCACCGUGACGCACUCGCGUCGGAUGAUGGCCGUGACUGGAAGUUCCGGCCUCCUCCACGUGGCAUUCUGGUGCCAGUCGUCUGUGAAAGCCAUGAAACACCUGGUGGAUGCCACCAAGGAAAGCAGUGUUGCUUGGCGCACGGGUCUGAUGAACUUGCCGAAUGGAAAGAACGCCUGCGGUACAGGAAGAGCCGCUUGCAAAGAGCAUUGGAACAGCAGCUUGUUGGCGGUUACCUGCAGUAUGCAGAAGAGCUUCUUCAGGACUUUAGGGAAGCCCCUGACCCAACAACUGUCCUUACAGAGGAACUUAGAGGGCUACUGAUAAAAUGUGUCCAGCCCCUCGACGUGACAAUUCAUUCGAAGGAAGCUCAGCAAGACUGGAAUUUCAUGCUGAAGACCAAAACGGCACUUCAUAGACUGGUUCUGCUUGAAGACAGCUUUCGACACAACUUCUGUCUCAAGCAAGUAAAGGUUCAACGGAUUGGGUACAAUUUUGAAGGAGACGAUCGCCAGGAAUGGGUCAACACCUCGCGAUGCUCUUCCGACAAUGAGAAGACCAUCACCUAUCAGAUUAAGGUAGCAUUUCGAGCUUCCAUGUACGCUACAUUCAAGCAGACACUCGCAUUGGACUUUGGCGGUAGACCCGUGCUCGUCCGACACCUGUCGGUAGACGUGGUCAGCAAAGAUGUGUGCCGGGAGCUGGAGAGACGGAAGCGAGCUGUGGUGUCGGGUACUAGACAGUGGGCAAAGGCGGAUGUGGUGUUCUCUACAGAUCCAGAACCUGGCCAGUCUCUUCUGGACCAGUACCCUGCCCCAGACCCGCGCACAUUUAAACUCACCCAGGGUCUAGUGUUAGAGAAGCUGACCAAAAACAACUACGUGGCACGUAUGCAUGAGUUACUGCACGUCGAGGAACUGACACGAGCGGAUAUAGUCGCGAGACACAACAUAUGCACCACGCUGGAUGUACGGAACACUAUCGAGACGAGUGCACGAGAUGCGACGCAGACAUCGUAUGCUCAAGGAGGUGAGCUGUAUGCCGUACUGGGACUCGAAGAAGACAUCACGGACGACACACCGGCAGGGGAGCUGCUGCUCACUGGGUGCAAGCGUGUUUGGUUUUCUCUGGUUUCACAAAAAGAUGGAAAGGUGUACGAGGCACUGCUCGAGCAUGUCAGCAAGAAAGUGGUUUACCUGCGACUUCAGCGGGACUGCGUCCAAGAACUGGGCCUCACGCCUAGGACCAAGCUGGACGUGGAGAUUCAAUUCCACCUCAACCGCCUUCCACUCUGUGAGAUGCACUAUGCAGUAGACAAGCUGUGCCCAACUAGCCUCGUCUUUCCAGAUUUUUCUGUGGAACCUGAUCUUCCUGCUGAAGAUGAAACGUACAAGCUUUUGGACUCGAGGCUGAAUGUGCAUCAGCGCAGAGCCAUAGCCUGCAUCACAGCUCCAAGGAACAAACCAAACAUACCCCCCGUGCUCAUUGUGGGACCCUUCGGAACUGGCAAGACUUUCACCCUGGCCAAUGCUGUGCUCCGUGUGCUACAGCAGGAUGAUGAAGCAAGGGUCCUCGUCUGCACCCACUCCAACAGUGCAGCAGACCUGUACAUUUUGGAAUACCUGGACAAGUACGUCAAGGAUCAUCCACAGGCACGGCCACUGCGUAUAAUAUACGAAUACCGCAAGCCAAAUCGGGUUGACCCCCGACUACUACCAUACUGCCUUCAGACAAACGCAAGUGCAUAUGAAGGGCCCUGGUUUCGUCAACCGACUACUGAGGAGAUGGAAGGCUACAGAGUAGUCAUCACCACGCUAUCUUCAUCGAGGAUGUUACUCAACAGUGGUGUGCGCAAAGGUUUCUUCACCCAUAUUCUCAUAGAUGAAGCUGCACAGGUCAUGGAGUCUGAAUGCAUCCUGCCAAUUGCUUUGGCUGAUGACAGCACACGCCUCGUAUUUGCUGGAGACUACAUGCAGAUCAACCCCCAUGUGUACUCCGUGGUGGCACGUGAGUGUGGCCUGCAAGUCUCUCUUCUUGAGAGACUCAACCAGCUAUACCCACGCACCCACUGCUGUAGGGUCCUUCUUCAAGACAACUACCGCUCCCACGAGAUCCUUGUGCGGUACACCUCUGAAAGCUUCUAUGACAGUCGUCUACGCUCUGCAGGCUACCGGGUGUCACACUCAUACUUCCCACCGCUCACCUUCUUUGCGGCACGUGGCUCUGACCUGGUGGAUGACACCUCUUUUUUCAAUAAUGCUGAGGUGAGGGAAGUCUGUGACCAGAUGUAUAAAGUAGUGGAAGGAUGGCCCAAGGAGUGGGGACCUCUGGACCUCUCCAAGAUCGCUGUUGUGACACCCUACUAUGAACAGGUGAGCAGGAUUCGUGCAGAGCUUCGACGCAUCGGGUUCUCCAAGGUCAAGGUGGAGAGCGUCGCAAACGUCCAGGGGAAGGAGUUUCGUGUCGUCAUGCUGACAACUGUGCGCACACGUGCCACCUGUCAGCAGCAUCAGGACGCAAGCCCUGUAGACCUCAACUUCGGCUUCCUGUCAGAUUCCAAGCUCCUGAAUACAGCCAUAACACGUGCUCAGUCCCUGGUGGUUGUUGUGGGCGACCCCAUUACGCUGUGCUCCAUUGGAGCUUGCAGGAAACAUUGGGAGAAACUGAUAAGGGCCUGCAGACAGCUUGGGAGCCUCUACAACAUGACGUGGGAGGACAUUGCCUACCAGCUCAAUGGUAUUGAACUAAAGAGGGAGUAUGGACUGAACCCUCGUGCUGAGAGCUUUGUUCCACCAAGUUACGAAAGUCCUGUGGACAGGCACCUCGCACAGUACGCCAUGCAAUAUGUGCAAAAUUCAAUGCUUCAGCAAACUGCAACAAACUGGUCACGGUCUGCUGGCCAGGCAAAUCCGUGGUGGUGGCACUGGUGGCACUGGCAACAGCAACAGGUUUCAUACCACGCUGCACAACAAGCUGCACAACAAGGAGCUCCACUAGCCACACGUCAAAAUGCUCACCAUGUCUCAAACCAAACUGCUCAUCAUGUUCAAGAGGACGUACGGCAUACAGGUGUGAUGAAGCAGCCAUUUGCCAGGGUCAGUCCUCCUGUCUGUGGUGGCACCGGCCACAACAAACCCAAGAUGAGUGGACAGAGGUCGACCCUAAAUGCUGGUGACUAUACGGGCUAUGUACUCCAGCAGUGUAACAGUUCUAGCAACAAUGGUCAUCAAGUGCAGGAAUCCCUGCAUCUAAGAGAGCAGAACGAUGUGAAGGUAGUAGAUUUGAAGAGCAAGCAGCUUGCUGACAGACCUGCCCUACAUGCCAGUCGUGGGGACAGUGACCCUGACACCUCCGGUACACCUCAGGCAAUGUCUCAGAACAAUGACUACAUGUCACGAAUUAUGUCUCAACGUAAUGGUGCAGUGCCUCGUCGAGACAUGCCAAGACAGAAAAACCUAGUCCAAAGCAACCCAACAACGAAGGCGUCCUUCAGCCAUGGGAACAGCAUGCCUCAAGAGCCUCGCACCUCCAGUACGUUACAGGCAGUGUCGCGGGACAGUACCUUCAUGUCACGAAUGAUGCCUCCGCGUAAUGGUGCAGUGCCUCGGCGAGAUUUUCCGAAGCAGACAAAUCCACUCAAGAGCAACCCGACAACUAACGCAACCCACAGAGCGCCAGUGCAUCAACAUCCCUCGCUGAACACUAGUGCUUCUGCCCCAUCACAGAAGAUUACGCCGACUGUAGCUUACAUCUCAAAUGCUCACAAGCCGGUCGAGUGGCACGCUGAAGACGUGACGUCAGCGUGGAGGGAAACAAAUGGCGUACAGCAAAGGGACCUAUCAUGGGAGGAGCCCCAGCAGAAAGUUUUUAAUCAGAUCAAGCAACAGAUGAUGAUAAACAAGCAGCCGGCAGUGGGAACAACACGUCAGCAGCAGUCUUACGCAGAUGUUGCCAAGAUGGGUUUUAAAAGGUCUUGAAAGAACAUGAUCUCGAAGAGUCGCGCCAGUGCAGCACUACGCAAGGGUGUCCACGUUGUAAGAUACAAGUGCAUGAAAUGCGCUUCUUCCUUUUUAUGUAGCCCAAAGGUGGGAAUCCAUUUCAUUCAGUUUUAGGCUACGGCCCAUGAUCGCCAUCUAGUUUGUACAUUUGUAAAAACAGCAUCGAGGCAUACACUUCCGUUGUUGCCAUUUCUUCAUACACACCAGUAUUUUAUAGACUAUGCCAUUACUGGUGCAAGGCCAGAUGCAAGUUGUGGACAAACGAAAUUAAAAUGAAUGACGACCAUAA